AUGAAGGCCACACUCCUUGUCCUCAUGUCUUGGGCAGCAAGCGGUGCAAGCGACAUGGAGCCGCUGUCCGUGGCUCGCCGGCUGCAAAUCGACGCCGCUUGCAUGAGCUCCUGCCCUGGUCUGGACACCUUUUCCAUGGAACUGGCGAACUUCAGCCAGCAGAUGGCCGGUGCUGGGGAAAACGCGAUGGACAUGAUCGGCGGCAUGUUCGAUGUGAUGUGCACUCACCAGCCCGCCAUGACUUGCCUGUCCACUCAGUGCACGCCACCCGCCGAGCUCCAGUCAAUGAUCCCACUUUUGGACUGCGUUUGUACCGACUGCCCUUCCUUCAAGAACCUCUAUUCUGGACUGGGCUCGAUGAUGACCACCUUGCUCUCGUCCAUGACUGGGGCGGCGGCUAAUAUGACCGCCGUGAUGCUAGCGGUGUGUCCCAUGAUCGGGCCCCUCGAGUGCGUGACCAGCAGCAGCGCCUGUGCACCGGUACUGAAUCAAACCGCCGGCCUUAGCGGCAUGACCGUCAUGAAGGACAACUGCACCUCCGGCGGCUACAGCACCGGCACCAACGACUUGGCUACCGCCACCACCACCGUAAACCAGAUCUCCCUGGCAGCUUUGGCAGCGCCGGGGAUUGCAGCGAUUGCAGCCAUGCUCGCCGUCAUCUGA